AUGCUCUCUUGGUUAAAUGGUGAUUCAGCAAAUGUUUUUUCCUUUCCGUCUAAACCAGAGGUAACAAUUUUGAAGGAACCACAAAGUUCUGACUCUCCUAUUAUUGUUGAUGGUAUUAAAUUAUUUUCAUACAAGGAUAUACUUGCCAUUCGUGAGGAAAUAGCAAACGAGGAGGAUUAUGAAAUUCUCUAUGAGGAACCUGAAAAUUAUCGUAAAAUGUUCAUCAAGAAGAGAGGAGAGGGUUCAACAGGUGAAAUUAAACGACACAAAUAUACUAGAACAAAUUUUCCAUCCUCUCCAAAGGAAAUGUUUGUUGCUGUUAGGGAUUUUGAGAGGAGAAAGAGUUGGGAUGACAGACUGGAGGAGAGAAAUGUCAUGAGAGUUUUUAAAUUUACUGAUAAGGAAACUGGUAAAGUUGUUAUCAAUUCAAUUGAGAGAACUGCACAUAAGGGUGCUUUUCCUGUUCAAGGAAGAGAUUUCAUAUCUCUUACUGGUGUUGUUAUUAUGAAUGAAAAUCACUACUUGACUCGUUCUCAUGCCCUCGAAUACAGUUUACUUCCAUACGCCACAAAUGGAAAUAAGAAGGAAAAUCCACCUCCUCUUCCACAAGAUAAAUAUGGACCUUCUGAGGGUUUCAAUGGUUACAUUAGAGGUUGUAACAAGUUUUUUGCAAAUGAAUGUUUUGGAAAUGAAACAACAACUACUUACACAACAGUUUUAGAGACUGAUGUUCGUGGUUGGGUUCCAUCAACAGUUUAUAAUUGGUUUGUAAAAUUUAUUCCUGCCAAUGGUGAAGUCAAUCUAGGAAAAGGAUUGGAAUGGAGAAGGACAAACUCAAUUUCAAACGAAUUGAAUGAUUUUUAUUAUAAUAUUGAUUCACCAUUGUUUAAAUAG